AUGGCCAGCCAUGAGUGACCCGACCUCCAGUGCGAAUGUCGUAAUUAUAUCAGGGCUAGAUUUUUGAUGCACAGAGCUACGAAAGAAUUGAUUUUGCCUUGAGACCGAAAGCAAUUUCCACUGGUUUCUAGUCUGGCUUGGGAAGAAGUUUUUCACAUUUUUUUGCCAGCACUACUCAGGCACAGCUUGUUGUCUAAUAGAUGCAAGGCUACUUUGUUUGAUGUCUUUGCUCGGAAUCGCACAAUCAGUUUUCCCUUCAGUGCUAACCCAGGAGAAAAGGAAGGCAGGCUUAGCGAGAGCUUUCGAACGCGAAAUUUAAUCCAGUUGAAAGGACUCCGAAUGGAGAAUCUGGCUGGCUCCCUGAGUUGUUAG